CAACAUGGCGGCAACUUGACAGCGGGAUGAAGAGGCUCAGUGAGGGCUGCAAAAAGCAAAGAGCGGCUCCUUUGGCCAACAGCGAUGCCAGACGGCUUCACCAUGUCGGAAGGGGACAGCGGCCAUAGCCGAGCACGACCGAGGCGUCGGUGAGCGUUUGGCUAAGAAGCGCUUCCAGAAGGAGGAAGGAGGCAGCGGCCAUGGAGGAUGUGGCCCGGCCUUCCCAGCUUUCUCAUCCGGGUGGACAUUAAGGCGGCCCGGCCUUCCCAGCCUUGUCAUCCGGGCGGACAUUAAGGCAGGCCGGGAGCAGCCAGCAGCCAAGCGGAGUCCAAGUCCAUGAGUGCUGCGGCACAGGAGUCACGGUGGGGUCCCGAAAUAUGAGCAGCGGUGCUGGGACGUGUCGGCAGCAAGAUGACGACUGGCUAGAAGCUCUCCGCGACAACCACAAGCCUUUCACCGACUCUGAGAGGGCGCAGAGAUGGCGUCUGUCCGUGGCCUCCCUCCUCUUCCUCACCGUGCUGCUCUCCCAUCAGCUGUGGUUCUGCGCCGAGGCCAAGCUGGCCCGGAGCCGCGAUAAGUCCAGCCUGUCCCCGCAGACACGCUCCGCACGCCGCAGCCUCGCAGACGACAUUUUUGUCGGAAACUCCAGCCAACAUUUGUGGCUGCUAGAAAGUUGCCAGGCGGACUCCUGCUUGACUUUGGCCGACGCCGACCACCUGUGCAGGCUGCUGUCCCUGCGAGAGAUCAGCAUGAGCCGCUUGUACCUCUCCUUUUGUAACUCCUACUCGCUGCUGGACUUGUUCUACGGCUCCAGCAGUCCCGACCACCUCAACUGCAGCCUGGACGUGCUGGCCGACCGCGACACGAGCCGCUGCAGUCUGUGCGUGCAGGCCUACCAGCGCCUGGACCUGCACGCCCAGGAGAAGUACGACGACUUCGAGCUCCUCACUUGGAAGUACGAGCCGGCCUCGUAUUCGGUGCGGAGCUGCAUGAGCCACUGCAAGACAGCGUACAAGCCCUGGCUGUGUGCUCAGUAUUUCCACACAAGCCAGCAGUCAUGUCGGAGGAAGGUGUCAUGCCAGCAGUACUGUCUGGAGGUCCAACAGAGCUGUCCAUUCAUCCUGCCCGAUAACGAGGAUUUAAUCCACGGUGGCACCCCCAGUUUCAUCUGUACAGGAUUGUUGAGAGAGAAUGGGCCAGAGAGCAAAGCUGUGUGCUGUGACGUCCGAUGGGACUCCAACAUAAAUGGCCCCUCAGGCGAGGCCCAACAAAGGACUGCCUCCUCCUGCCAGCCCAAGGGAACCUCGGUCACCUCCAUCGCCAGCCCCAGACUGUGCAGUGGGCGGCUGAAGAUCUGCCUUCUGGUUCUGGUCCUUCUGCACACUGUCAUUAUUAUAUCAGCCUCCCAGAAUUCCACCAUCGCUGUCUCUUUUUCACUAGAGAAGACCACCUCCAAUGACGAUUGAACUUCGAUGAUAUUGUUUUUCACAAAUGAUGUUGGCAUCUAGGAAUUGUCUGCUGCCAACACAACAUCCAGCACAGGAAUUGGUAGGACUUGUUUGGUGGACAGGACCACUCCUCUAAAGUUCUGACCUCGUCCCACUUAAACCCUGCUCAUUGUUUCUAUUCCAUUCAUAGUUUUUGGAGAAUAUCAUCUCUCCUCCCUAUAUUUGCUUUCCUUUUGUCUAUUUUUCUCUAUUGUGGGUCUAGAUUACACUUCAAACUGGGCAUUGAUCAAGUCUUUACCAUUUUCAGCUUCUCUGCCGAGCCUUUUUGACUUGCUGCAUCCACAUGACUUCUCCUCCGUGCUACCUUGCAUUAUUCAUGUGGCUCUUCUUUCAACACACCUGAUUCUUGGAGAUUGUAAGGUUCAGCUCAUAGAUGUUUCCCUUCUCUCCCCCAAGCCCUUUGAUUAGACAUGUUUGGGCCUCAAGUGCAUACGUAAGGUUGAAUGUGCCUGCUAGUCUUAAAUUGACCUCACCAUAAAGCCAAAAGUGUAGGGGUCUCAUUUAUCAACUACAAUUGUUCUUUAUUAUGCUUAUUUUUAUACAACCAAAGUCUCACACACACAAUUAACUCUAUGUCUAUAUUUAGUACACAGAUUUCUCAGUACACCUGCGUUUCACCUUGUUAUUGGCUCCACCCCUUUUGCCUGCAGGGAUUGGGGCAACAUAUUUUGCUGUGUAGAAGAUGUUCUUAUAAGAAUAAUAUGAAUGAUACUUGUAGUCUGGCACUAUGGGCUCUAUUUUGGCAUGCACUUCAGUGAAAAAAGCUGCACAAAUGUGCAGAUUCUCCCCUUAGAUUUCAAUCUGUCACUGCACGACUUCAUCCAAGAUGUCAAUCUGUGUAGCACAACCUUAAAUGUGGCCCCCCCCAGUCCAAUAACUAAAAUGUGGGCCCCUCCAGUUCAAUAACGGUUUGCACAUAUUUCCCCCUUGACUUUUAUUCCUAUAUGUAUUUGAACUCACAUAUAUACUGUAUAUAUAUGUACACACACAGUAUUUAUAUAUAUAUAUAUAUAUAUAUAUUAGAGAUGCGCGGAUAGGCAAUUAUUUAAUCCGCAACCGCAUCACAAAAGUCGUCAACCAUCCGCCAUCCACCCGAACUAACAUUUAAUCAAAACCGCACCCGCCCGCCAUCCGCCACCCACCCGUUGUUAUUUAUCUGAUAUAGACGAUGCAAGGCAUUAGUGAGGUUGUAAAGCUUUUGCCUGUUAAAGAAAGGAGACUGAUCCAAUGUAGCAGAGACAUUCAAUGCGUGCCACGCUGUCACGGCCCAGACGCACACCAGUGCGCAAUCAUCUGGGAGCCGCGCUGAGCGCACCUCCAAGCGCGCUCGCGCCACUCAAACUGCUGCAGGCAGCUGCGUUCUAUCUUGUUUUAACAUCCUGUGGCACUCUUCUGGGAUCACGGCGGACGAAACUGCUCAUGCUCAGGGUGUUUGUGGAGGUUCGGGGUUUUGCACAAAUGUGAUGCACCAUGUUAGAUGUCCCGCUUUUGUGACUGUCGUAGACAUAAACAGCGUUGCAGCUCUUGCAAAUCACGUAGCCAGCAUUACUAUCAUCCUGAUUUACAACCUCAUAAAAACGAGUCCACGCUGAACUUUUCUGGCCUUUUUUUCCCCUUUUUUAGUUUGUCGCGUACCACGUUUGCUGCCGGCGUUGCCGUCUCUUUUGUUUUACUUCUUCUGUUGUGGCAUAUGCUGCAGGUGCCUGCUCGUUUUUCGUAUGUGGGUAACAACAUUUAACUAUGUAUAUAUAUUUACCAAUUGGUUUAACUGCCACCCGCCUGAAUCUAUUUAAAAUCUAAUUUUUUUUUAUUUCAACCGCCC